GCCCCGCCCCCGGCGGCGGGAGCGGCCGCUCCGGUUGGCCGGCCGGGCUGCCGCUCAGAACGGGGUCGGGGGUCAGAGUGCGCGGAGUUUCAGAUGCCGCUGGAUGUUGAAUGGUAGCACUCUUCCAUACUGGAGCAGCAAAGAUUCCUCCAAGCUUACUUCCAAGGGUGAGACAAGCUCUGUGCUCCCACCGCCUACUUUGCUUUCUCCAGAGGUGCGGCUCCACCGUAAACAGGAAACUGGCGUCCCACGGCUUUGGCGCGUCCAUGGCAGCAAUGUCAUCCUUCCCUCCACAGAGAUAUCACUACUUUUUAGUGUUGGAUUUUGAGGCCACUUGUGACAAACCACAAAUUCAUCCUCAGGAAAUCAUUGAGUUCCCCAUUCUGAAGCUAAAUGGCAGGACGAUGGAGAUUGAAUCCACCUUUCACAUGUAUGUGCAGCCGGUGGUGCACCCUCAGCUUACUCCCUUCUGUACAGAGCUGACUGGAAUUAUUCAGGGCAUGGUGGAUGGGCAGCCAAAUCUCCAGCAAGUGCUUGAGAGGGUCGAUGAGUGGAUGGCGAAGGAAGGCCUCUUAGAUCCUAGCGUCAAGUCGAUUUUUGUAACCUGCGGAGACUGGGAUUUGAAAGUAAUGUUACCAGGACAAUGCCAGUACUUAGGGCUGCCGGUUGCUGAUUACUUCAAACAGUGGAUUAAUCUGAAAAAGGCAUACAGCUUCGCCAUGGGGAGCUGGCCGAAGAACGGCCUCUUAGACAUGAACAAAGGACUCAACCUACAGCACAUAGGGAGGCCCCACAGCGGGAUAGCCUUGGGUACAUCAAGUCUGCCUUCCCCGUUCUGCUGGAGGCUUGCUGGGAGCUGAGAGGGUUGGCGUGACAGCUUCCCCAUGCGCUCCAGAUGACUGUAAGAACAUUGCUAACAUCAUGAAGACGCUGGCCCAUAGAGGUUUUAUCUUCAAGCAGACCUCCAAACCCUUCUGAUCGGCGGGGCGGGCCGGACAGGGCUGCAUGCGGCCGGCUCCUCCACUGCGGGAGGACGGGCGAGAGCAUUCAAAGGGCAACCGAGGACAGAGGCGACGCCACACCCAGCUCCGCUGUUACGCCAGUAGAGGUUGUAUAUAUGGAAAGGAAAAUCUCUGUGUAGACCCGACGUGGAUCCCCCUGUCUGGGCUGCUCCGGCCAUCGCCCGCCCUGCCCCCGGAGCCGCCCAGGGCGCUUGCACCACCUGGUUAGAGCUGUAGUUCCUUCGUCUUUCUUCGCCCCUGGUUUCCGUUACCCCCUUGUGCCCCCCGGCCAUGGGUCGCCCUCUUUCUUUUCGGUGUUUGUUUCCCUUCGGCCAGGCCCUGCCGGGCACUGCCGGGUGACCCGCCGGGGCUGCGUGGGAGCUCCAGCCUGACAUGACCGCGGGAGCCCCGCCCCGCCCCGCCCGCUCCCCUCCCCGUUGCAGUGAACACUAACCCCGAUCCCCUGUGUGUGUCAGCAACCCGGCUUUCUGCUCCUGCUCAAGUGCCUGUAUUCUCUGCCCGCCGGCUUGCCAGCCAGGGCUCUGGGAGCGGGGUGGGGGGCAGCUUGUGCCUCUCCCGGGGGGCUCCUGCCCGGCCCCCCCACUCACCCCUGCCGAAGCGAUUCCAGCUCCUGGGGGCACCAGGUCCAUUGCUGGCAGUGGACGCACCAGCGAGUGCUGGCACAGAACAACGGUCCUUUUCUGCCCCCCCCCCCAGUCCCACCGCUGAGUGAGCCCCCUCCCCUGCCCACCCACCUGAGCUGCAGCUCUGCCCUCGCCUGCCCCAUUCCCCGCGGUCCGGGCGCUGCCCCUCGCAGGCUCCCGGCCGAGCGCAGCAGCAGCUGCCUGGUUGCCUCGUCCCCUCCGACUAGGGGGCUCUUGGGCCCCGUCCUUCAGGUGGGCUUGGGGGCAGGCCCCAUCCCCUGGAGCCCCAGGGCCACGGAGUUCCUGCAGAUCAGCCAGGACUCCAGAUCCCUGCUGAGCCGAGGCCGAGCCUGCGCCUGGCGCUGGCCCAUGGUGCUGCUGCAGCGCCGGGCACCGUGACCCGCCAGGGGCCGGGCUCCCUCCCGCCCCGCAGCCAGGGGCUGAGCCGGCUCGGUCACCAGAAAGAAAAUACAGGCACUGAACGUAGCGGUAACCAACUGCAUGGUGUGUGGUGUGCAGCGCAACCAGCCGAUAACGCAAACCCACCGUCCUCCUUGUCUAGUUAUCCUCAUCCUUGCUGUAAAUGUGCCACAUGAAUAAAGUUUGGGGAAAAAGGUG